AUGAUAAUAGAACCACUUGUCUGCAAAGAAUACACCAAUAAAUGCCUUGUUCUUAUACCUUACCACAAGGGUGGAAGGCAGUUGCAUAUUGGAUUCCAGGAAUUUACUGAAGAUCUGGCAACUCGUUCUCAUGCAAUAAUGGAUCAUCUACACUCCAUAAGGGUCAAUGUACUCACAGUUUGCCAAUCCAGAAGCAUGGAUAGCCUUGAAGAAGAGGGAGAGGAUUCCCAAGAAAAAGAGGGGAGAUCAUAUGGUUCUCUUAUGAUUCAGAGAUUAACUGGAAGUGAAGAAGGACGGAUUGAUCACAUGCUUCAAGAUAAAACAUUUGAGCAUCCAUACUUACAAGCCCUUGGAGCACAUACAAACUAUUGGAGGGAUCAUGAUACCGCUCUUUUCAUAUUAAAAAACUUGUAUCGAGAUAUACCUAAAGACCCCAACUCUCCUGUGGAAUCUAGUGGGGGCAACUCAAAAGAAGAAAGUGGUUCCACAGUCUAGUCUGAUCAAAGAGAGACUA